AUGGAAACGAUCAGAAACUUCGCUCCUUGUAUAUACUUUGUUUCUUCGAUAGUGGCCUUAUCUUUCUGGAACAAGCUGACAGCCCGUGGUCACAAGAUGGAUCAUGCAUUGCAAGAGAGCCUGAAAAAGGCCUUUAACAUGGAUCUCCAGACCCCAGAGAUGGAGGCAGAGACAAUUCCGGAAAUCAGUUUUCCUGGAGGAGUUGCCAUGAUUAAAGUGAAAGACCAGACUGCGACGUGUUGGGGUGGUUUUGCUCUGAGGUACAAAGAUGCAAAAGGCCACAAUCUUGAGCGUGAAAAGUGGAUUGAGAUGACUGAAGAUAAGAUAUUCGAUAGUGAGUUCAAAAGUCCGGCGUCUAUGAUUUUUUCUGAUUACUGA